GCAGCAGACCGCCAUUUUGUUUGUAAAGCCGAGCCCCGUAGCGCAUAGCGUCCUGUAGGAAACCGAUAACCUCAAAAUUAUAUCUUAAUUAAUUGUAAUGAAAAGUUAUAGAAUUUAAGCAAAUGAACUGAUUGAGAAUUGAAUUAUAACUGAGUGAUUAAUUAUUGUACAAUAAAAGCUCCAUCAUGGAAGGCCCAAAUCGUGGAUUCCGAGGUGGCGGACGCGGUGGUCCUCGCGGUCGUGGUGGUUUUGAGAUGCGUGGAAGGGGGGGCGGACCUGGCAUGCGAGGCCGUGGCGGUGGAGGCCUACCUCCUAGAGGGGGUGGUCCACCUCGUGGAGGACCACGUGGUUUCCGAGGAGGACCAAUGCGCGGUGGUGGGGCCGAAAGAGGCGGUAGAUUCCCUCCAGGGCCUCAGGGACCGGGCCCUCAUCCUGUACCUACAAUAGAAUCUCGAGGACCUCCACAAAGAGGAGGCUUCAACAACAACAGAGGUGGCCCGGGUGGCAUGCGGGGCAGAGGCGGCCGGGGGAGAGGAGACUUUGGACCUCGCACUGAUAGAGGAGGUCGUGGAGGCAUGCCAAUGAGAGGUCGAGGUGGCAGAGGAGGAGGCCCGCCGCCGACGGGCCCGCAUGGUGCGCCCGCGCCCGCACCCGGCGUCCACAGCGCGCCGCCGCGCCCCGCGCCGCACCCGGCGCCACCCGGCCCGCAAGCCGCGCCCUUCAAGCGAGGCGGAGGACCACCACACGGCGGCCCUGGAGGACCACCGAAACGCGGAAGGUUCGAAGGACCACGCGGCGGCGGUCGGCCAGCGGGUUACCAGCCAGCGGCUGCCCAUAAUGCUCCGCCAGCCAACGGGUACGGACAAUCUGAGCACACCGGGUACCAGCCCUACGAACAACCGCCGGCAGAUCCGUACGCGCCACAGUCAUACGGCUCAAGCACAUAUCAAGGAAACUACUCUCAGACACCAGCGCAGACUGGUUCCACAUACAAUUCCGGCUACGGCUCCAAUUAUGGCUACUCCAGUGGCAGCCAUGGCUAUGAAAAUGAGGGUUAUGGUGGCGCGGGCGACGCGGGCUACGGAGCGGGCGAGGCGGCGUACGGCGCCGCGCCCGCCUACGACUCGUACUCGCAACCCGCCUACAGCUCCUACCAGGCGCCGCAGCCGCAGUACAACAGCUACGGUCCUCAACAACGGCGAUACGACUAGGAACACAAGAUUUAGCGUCGAUAUGUCUCAGGCAUUGAGAGUGGAGUAUGAAACAAUACUUUACGUCUAGAAUAGUAGGAUAAAAACACAACUAUUCAUGUUAAUUUAAUAUCGAAAUCCUUUACUAAUUAAUAUACGUGAUAUUAACAACGUGGUAAAAAACAAAAAUUUUGACCAUAAUAAUAUUAUAUAGUGGCAAAAUCUCCAAGUUGGUACCACAUUUAGUACUUUCCUCUAAAUGUUUAAAUUAGACAAAAAUAUACUUAGUUUUUAGUGAAGUGGGGAUCAAAUUCCAUUUUACCACAUAUGUACCUAGAUUGAGGCUACCAACUUAUUACCCGACUACGGCAAAGCCGAAAGGAAGGAUUACGAUUUUUUAUAUUUAGUGUUUAUGACCCCAGAUUAUUUAUUUAAAAAAAAAAUAACUCAGAAAAUUUAGUACGAAAAGAAUAGAUAUAAAGUUAGAUAUAUAGUUUGUUGAAAAUUCUUGUAUGGAAAGCUAUACAAACAACAUAAUAUGUAGGUAUGUGAAAAUUUAUAAGAAGUGCACACAGAGUGCAUAAGAGUAUAUACAGAUUAUGGUACUUAUUUAAAUAGAACCUCACAUAGAUAUAGAAAAGUAUCACUAUUCACUAUUAUACUAUAUAAAUGCAACUAAUAUAAAGUUUAACAAUGAUGACCACAAAGUAUAAACCAAAGGAAUUUAUAUGUACGAUUUAAUACGAACUACAGGUCUAAGAUCAAUACGCAGAUUGCCCGUUUAAUAUUUUAUUUGUCAUAUGUUUCGUAAUAUUAAUAAAUAAGAAUAGGAAAAUAAAUAAGAAAAGGGCAAAUCAAACCAAAAAAUCUGACAAGGCUAGCAAAAAAUACCCAUAUAAUGCAUACAUGAUGAAUAAAGUGAAAGUGACCAGUACAAUUACUAUUGAUACAAUAAUAAAUAAUAUAGGAAAAAAUAUGUAAAUUAUAAUGUGUGAAUUUGUAAAACACAAUAUAUUUGUGAAUUUCCAAAAACUUGCAACCUUAUGUCUAUGUAUCAUAGUAGUACAUAAUAUAGUAUGUAUCGUAUAGAGCUAGUAGAAAUUUCAACACUAGAUAAUAGGGAUUAGAAAUCUUAUGAAUAGCAAUUUUAGCAAAACCUCUAUGAACCAACGAUUUUAUUAAUACACACGCAUUUAAUUUAAUCAAAUUAAGCAUAGCAUCAAUAUUUGUUACUUGUUUGUA